CCUAUAGCUCGUAAUUAAUUAAAAAUAAAUAAAAAAAUGAGCGAUGUUACUACCAAUAUGAUAAAGAUAGGUCCAGCCGGAAGCAAGAAUGGAACAGCUUGGGAUGAAAAGGGACACAGCAAAAUAGUUCAGAUAUUUGUUUCUCACGACGACGAAAUCAAUUCUCUUCAGUUCGAAUAUGCCGAGAAUGGAACUCUCGUUUUGUCCGAAACUCAUGGUACAAGUGAAGGCUAUAGGUUUGAUGUUGUGAAACUAAAACAUCCGGCGGAGUAUAUAACUUACAUCAGUGGGUAUAAGAGCUCAAACAACAACAAUUUGUGUUCAGUUACAUUUGGCACAAACCGUGGAGAAUACGGUCCGUAUGGCAAAUUCACGGUCAAUAAGGACAAAGAUUUCAUAUUCCGACUCGGAGAUGACCGUCAGUUUGGUGGAUUUCACGGCACCGCUGACAAUAACGGCGUCAGAUCCAUAGGUGUUUAUCUCCAGCCAAUCACGUCCUUGGAUUACUUCCUCGACAAACUCGGUUAUGCUAAGACGCAGCUUAUUAGUACUACUAAUAAGGAUAAUAAUGGUGAUAACUGGGAAAUGCUAAGCGGCCUUCAUGAAUAAUAAUUAACAAAUUAUUAUUAUUAUUUUUAUUAUUAAUAAUAUUAAUAAUGUUCAACAACCAAUUUUUGUAUUUUUUGUAUUUUUUUUGUAUUUGCAAUUGAUGAUGUAAUAGGGCUUCCUUUUUCUUGUAUUUGUACUUGAUUUUAUGUGUUGUUUGAUUGAUUUGGAGAAUUGUCGGGAAUAAAAUUAAAAAAGUGAGACAUUUGAGAAUU